UGCGAGACAACACGCGAAAACCGAGUCAGGAUUUUUUUUUUAAAUCGCAUUCCGAGGUUCCACUGUAGUUCUGAAUGGUGAACGGGUGUUAGAGGGCAUGCUGGUCUCAUGCCACCCACAAGAACAACAAUGCAGGAAUGCGGUGAGUCCGCUGGGGACAGCGGCGGAGGUAGAGUAAUACAGAGAGGCAAUUCAUUUCUAUAAAAAAAAAAUGUUCAUAAGUCUAAACUUAUUUGACACGUGACAAUCUCGCUGAUGCCUUUCAGCUUAUCUUGCCCUAAUCAUAGCUAUCAUUAAGGCCUUGUAGCCUGAAACGCGUCAGCAGAAGUUGAAUUUUAAGCCGUUUUAAUGAAUGAAUGUUUUUAGGAACCUGCAACUGAGUGCCAGUAUUUUCUUACACUGUCCUGUGUAUGCUGCCCUAUGGCACGGGCACAGCACCCUUUAUUGAGUUUUUGCAUUCUGCUACCCAUCCUGGGCACACAUUUGGGCACACAGGGUGCUCUAUGUGAAGGGAGAGGAAGAAGACAGCAGUGGGCCUCACAGGAAACUCUUUUUAAGAAGAUCUGUCACUUUCUCCACAUAGAGAUUGAGCGAUUGGUGGAGAUUGAGCGAUUGGUGGAGAUUGAGCGAUUGAUGGUGAUUGACCCAUUGGUGGAGAUUGAUGGAGAUUGAGCGAUUGAUGGUGAUUGAGCGAUUGAUGGAGAUUGAGCGAUUGAUGGUGAUUGACCCAUUGGUGGAGACUGAGCGAUUGAUGGAGAUUGACCCAUUGGUGGAGAUUGAGCGAUUGAUGGAGAUUGAGCGAUUGAUGGAGAUUGAGCCAUUGGUGGAGAUUGAGCGAUUGAUGGAGAUUGAGCGAUUGAUGGAGAUUGAGCGAUUGGUGGAGAUUGAGCGAUUGGUGGAGAUUGAGCGAUUGGUGGAGAUUGAGCGAUUGAUGGAGAUUGAGCGAUUGGUGGAGAUUGAGCGAUUGGUGGAGAUUGAGCGAUUGGUGGAGAUUGAGCGAUUGGUGGAGAUUGAGCGAUUGGUGGAGAUUGAGCGAUUGGUGGAGAUUGAGCGAUUGGUGGAGAUUGACCGAUUGAUGGAGAUUGACCGAUUGAUGGAGAUUGACCGAUUGAUGGAGAUUGACCGAUUAAAUAUGCACUGUCACUGUACUAAUGACACUAUUAGGGAAAGGGGAUCAAAGGGUUAAAUGUGAUCCUUUCUAACUGUGUGGGGGGCGGUGCUUUAUAUGUGGGAAGACAGAGAUCCGUAUUCCUGCUUAGCAGAAACACGGGAUCUCCGUCUUCCCUUAUCAAAGAACGGCGACCUGCCAUGUUUACAUGGCCGUUGUUCUGGCUGACAUCGGGUCCACUAGACCCGCCGAUUGGCUCCCGCUGUGUCCAAUCGCAACAGGUACGCGUCCACACCCCCCGGACUCGGAAGUUCAGAAUGACGUACCCGUAGCGCAUGUUAGCGCCCUGCAGCGCAUGUUAGCGGGGCGAUCAGCAAACGAGAAAUGUUGCCGUUGUGGAAUUUUAUAAUUAUUUAUUUCUUUUUGCCCGGGGUUAUUUUGAAAAGUUACUUUGUAUAAAAUGAAUAUGGAAGCCGGUUGUCUAUAUUAUAAAAUGUAACAUAAUAAUAAUAAAGGAAACGGCGAGCCGAUCCCAAGGAUUACUUUGUCUCCAGGAUAUUUCCACGCCGUCGUUGUCGGAUUCGGAGGACCGGACAUUCCUGUUAUACCGACAAUUCAGUGAGAGCGUUUUUAUUUAUUUCUACGUUUUGUUAAUAGGCGUCUAUAUAUAUAUAUAUAUGUAUACUGUGUGUAUAUUUUGUGUUAUUUGAUUUAUUGUAUACACUUUACAACAAAAUAAAUCCUAUAAUCCUCCAGU